AUGCGUGCUUCAAAAAAUUACAUGAUAGACCUUAGUGAUUUGUGUAUUAUUACCGGGACAACAGUUGCUUCCGAAUAUCCGACAUCAAUAACAAGAGCAUUUGAGACACCAAAUGAAAAUGUUGCCAAUAGAUGCGAUGGAGCGAAAAGUACCGAUGGAGCAUCGAAAGCAUCAAAUAGUACUCGUGCCACGGCAUUUCGAUGUGAUGUCCGUGUCAAAAUACUUUCAACGAUUACAAUUCGGCGAUCUUUGGCAACCGUUAGUAAGUAUCUAACAAGUGUAAGGUGA